AUGCCUAAGCGACACCGAUCAAUCUCUUCAUUUAUCAAGAACCUAGGUAACAGGGCAAAGAAAGGUCGAGGGAUAUUUCCAAAACAAAAGGAAAAUAUCCUGGUGGGCGAAAGAGGCAUGGAAGGCUGCUUUAUAAGGAACUAUUUGGCUGUUUCUGCUGCGAGAAGAAUGACAGAAGGGGUAUCGGAGCUGAGCCUUAGUCAAGGCAUGGAGAGCCUUGCACCACGAGUUGAAGCAGAAUCAAGAAGUUUGGAACCUCCCAGUAACCCUGAUUUGCACAACAAAGCAAGCCAGAUAAAGGAAUCCACUAACGGUGGCACUUUCCUUGGCCCGCCAUUGAUUGAAGAGGCAUAUGCUGUAAUGUGUCAUCUGGAACAGAUCUUGCAUCCUCCUUGUCGGAGCAGAAAGGGGCUUAAGCUAUUUAUGGGUGACAAGCUCUUGCGGAGGCAGCUGGAAAUAAUGUUGAUGUUUCUCACUGCAUAUGCAGACAAGAAAUGA